UGUGUGUGAAUGCGCAAGCCCAUUGUUCCCUCUCCUCCAGCGGCUGGAAAGUUUCCUGAGCGAGGCGAGAAUGUGAACAGUGCGGCAUUACGGUAACGGCGCAGAAACACCGGAGAGCAAAACACAGACUACAGAGGUCUGCCUCAGCUCCACACCCAACCACAGCGCGCGCUCUCUCUCUCUCUCUCACACACACACACACACACACACACACACCAUGAGAUCUAAGAUGCUUUUCCGACGGGACACACAGCCCGGCGUACGUUCAGAAUGAGCGUGUCUCACUGCGCGCGCGCGUGUGUUUGUGUGCGUCUGUGAUCGACAAAGGAAUCCGCGUGUGUUGUUGCUCUCGGAGGUCCGGGUGAGCGCGCAGGCAGCCGGCCGGUCCCGCACGAGCUCUCUCUCUCUCUCUCUUUCUUUCUUUCUCUCUUUAACAGCGGAACAGCGCACGAGCAUGGAUUAACCGGAGCACGGCGUCGCGCGCCCCUCUGUCUCUUCACUCUGAACAGGACCGAGAGGAUGAUCAUUGGGAUUAUGGUCUCGUGCGAGUGAAAUCAGACCCUCAACGUCUCGGUUCGACUCGGUCUAUCUCGCCCUCUACCCCUCUCCUCUUCUCACCUCUCCUGUCCUCCUGUCCCCCUGUCCCCUGCCCCGGGUGGACAGUGACAGCUCGGGAUGGGGAAGGAGCAGGAGCUGCUGGAGGCGGCGCGCACCGGGAACGUGCUGCUGGUGGAGAAGCUGCUGAGCGGAAAGCGGGGGCUGCUGGGCUCAGGGUCCGGCUCCAUCGCCCUGCCCGGCUUACUCAGUAUGUGGCGAGGACUGAACGUCAACUGCGCAGACAGCUCAGGAUACACACCUCUACACCAUGCUGCACUUAAUGGUCACAGAGAUGUUGUGCUGAAGCUGUUGCAGUUUGAAGCUUCCACUAAUGUGCCUGACAAUAAAGGAUGUUUCCCUUUGCACCUGGCUGCCUGGAGGGGAGAUGUAGACAUCGUCCGAAUCCUCAUGCACCAUGGCCCGUCCCACUGCAGAGUCAAUGAACAGAACCACGAGAAGGAGACGGCGUUGCAUUGUGCAGCUCAGUACGGCCACUCGGAGGUCGUGUGUGUGCUGCUUCAGGAGCUGACCGACCCGAGCAUGAGAAACCGGCGUGGCGAGACACCGCUGGACCUGGCAGCACUCUACGGACGGCUGCAGGUGGUGCGUCUGCUGCUCAACGCUCACCCCAACCUUAUGAGCCUCAACACACACCAACACACGCCUCUGCACCUCGCAGCCCGCAACGGACAUCACUCCACCGUGCAGGUGCUGCUGGAGGCCGGCAUGGACGUCAACACAGAGACGGAGAAGGGCAGCGCACUACAUGAGGCCGCUCUUUAUGGAAAGAUGGAUGUAGUUCGGCUCCUGCUUGACUCAGGAAUUGAUGUCAACAUUAGAGAUUGCAACGGGAAAACUGCACUAGAGAUACUAAAGGAACAUCCAGCCCAGAAAUCACAACAAAUCACUUCUCUCAUACAAGAAUUUAUGAUGGCAGAGAGUGACAGAGGACAAGUCACGGAUGAGCCGAUUCGCCAGUGUCCAGUGCCUGCACCUCGCACCUCUGUUUCUACACCUGUGGCCUCCCCAUCACUCAGACACAAAAAUGAAACAGUGACUGGGGAAUUGUCCAAGUUACUGAAUGACAUAAAGAUAUGCCGGGACAGGGACUACUCCUUUGAGGAGCUUUGCCAGGCAAUUUCAUCACACUCGCAGUCCAUGGAAAGCUUCUGCAGUGGCACGCUCUCUGACGAGGACAGGAACAGCACACUCACGCACGUCACCAAGUGGCCCACUCCUCCAUUGCAUACAGCGAUUGAGGAAGAGGAGAAAGCUUGUGGUCCUACAGGCCUGUGGGAGGCACUUACACCCUGCAACGGCUGCAGAAACCUGGGCUUUUCACAGGACUCUCAGCAGCGUGUGGAGAUAAUCCAGUCUUCCUCCCUGGAUGUUUUUUCUCCCGAGGAUGAAGACAAUCCCUACGAGUCAGUGACCACGGCUGUGACACGUAAACCCUGCUCACUCGACAUCCACCUCAUAAACGCUUCUACCCACAAUGGCCACUCUUUAAAUGUUUUGACUGGCGAUGCAGAGCAGCGUAACCAUGGUGAUGACUACAGCAGUCUGACUCCAGACUGUUCCCCUCCCUCUCCUGGUACUGCACUGAAGAACAUUGAGAGAGUUAUCCGCCCCCAGCCCAAGCAGCGCACGUCUCUGUCCUCAUCGCAGGAUGCACAGCGGCCCGUAGCGAGCCACAGUGGCGAGCCGUCUGAGGUGAGCUCAUCUCUGGGCUAUGCCAGUUUUAGCACCAGCCCUCCUGCUAGUCCUCUCAUCAGUCCAGCUAACUACUCCACCGGGUCAGCUGAGGACUGCCUCCUUGCUGAUGAGGCGGUGGAGCAGAAGGAGACGGCGCUAAAAGACGAUCGGAGGGAGAGCCGUGUUCCCGAGCAGUUCGCCGGCUUGCUGCAUGGUUCAUCGCCAGCUUGCGAGUUCCCAGAUAAUCCCUACCAGCUCUACAGCAAAGUACGCAAGGAUCCUCCUCCACAAAGGCACAGCAACCUGCUGCUCCCACCUAAUCACGCCAUCCCAUUACCUUCUUCAAAGCUCCAAAAAGAACCUAAACCUCAGGUUGUGUACCGUACCAUCUUCCACACCAAGGUCAACCAGAGCCCCUCUGUGCUGGGAAAGACCGGAGCAAACAGGAGUGGAGAAGGUGGGAAUAACAGUGCAGGGGGCUACGAGGAGAGAGCGUGCACGCUUGGAAGGAUGCGGUCCGGAAUGUCGAAGAACGUGCCCGACCUGCAGCUUUCCAGAAGCCUUUCCAAGUCUGACUCCAACCUGGUGGUGGCGUCACCCAUCGAGGAGGAAAAACGGAACUCUCGAGGUCAAAACAGCCCCACCAGACUGGAGCGCACCCCCUCCUUCACAGCUGAAUGGGAGGAGAUUGAUAAGAUCAUGAGUUCCAUUGGUGCUGGGAUCGGGACCGAACUCGAGGAGAAUGAUGAAGACCACACAGGGCCGCGCUGCCCUGUGCAGUCCGUGGGUCAGUGGCUCGACAACAUCGGCCUCGUCCAGUACGAGAACCACUUGCUGGCGAACGGCUUCGACAAUGUGCAGUUCAUGGGCAGCAAUGUGGUGGAGGACCAGGACCUGCUGGAGAUCGGAAUUCUAAACUCAGCACACAGACAGCGCCUUCUGCAGGCCAUCCGCCUGCUACCCAGGGUGCGGCCCAUAGGCUAUGAUGGCAACAACCCCACCUCAGUGGCAGAAUGGCUAGAGUCACUAGAGCUAGGAGACUACACCAAGUCAUUCCUCAUCAAUGGCUACACGUCUAUGGAACUGGUUAAGAAGAUCUGGGAGAUUGAGCUCAUCAAUGUUCUUAAGAUCGGCUUGAUAGGACAUAGAAAAAGAAUUCUGGCAUCGCUUGGGGACAGACUACACGAAGACACUCCGCAGAAACCUCCACGAGCGAUUUCCCUCAGGGAGCCCAGUGGGAAUCACACUCCUCCUCAGCUCUCGCCAUCUCUAAGUCAGGCUUAUCCCAACGCCGGCUCACUCGACGUGCAGCACCUCAUCAUGCAGGCAGACGCCAGACGCAGACGCAAUGACAACUACUUCGAGGAUGUUCCACGCUCCAAACUGGAGAGACAGAUGGCACAAGUCAGUAUGCAAGGGGAAUGGUGUGAACCAAUCACAUUACGACCUCCCAAUGAGGCGACAUCAUCCACUCCUGUACAGUACUGGCAGCACCAUCCGGAGAAGCUCAUAUUCCAGUCCUGUGACUAUGAGGCAUAUUAUCUGGGUUCCAUGCUUGUAAAGGAGCUGAGGGGAACAGAAUCCACACAUGACGCCUGCGCAAAGAUGAGGAAGUCUACGGAACAAAUGAAGAAAGUCCCUACCAUUGUUCUCUCAGUCUCUUACAAAGGAGUCAAGUUUAUUGAUGCAACAAAUAAGAACAUCAUAGCCGAGCAUGAGAUUCGGAACAUCUCAUGUGCAGCGCAGGAUCCUGAGGACCUCUCCACAUUUGCCUACAUCACCAAAGACUUGAAGUCCAGUCACCACUACUGCCAUGUGUUUACAGCUUUUGAUGUGAAUCUGGCCUAUGAAAUUAUCCUGACACUGGGCCAGGCCUUUGAGGUGGCCUAUCAGCUGGCUCUACAGGCCAGGAAGGGUGGCCACGGCUCGUCCACACUGCCUGAGAGCUUCGACAGUAAACCCUCCAAACCCAUCCCCAAACCACGCUCCAACAUUCGCAAAUCUAUGGAGCAGCCUUCAAUGGAGCAGAAGGGUCACGGCAAUGUCCCGUGGAUCGUGGAGCCAGGACAGGAAGCCAAAAGAGGAGUCAACACCAAGUAUGAGACAACUAUUUUCUAAUAUGCACCCACUGUCCGCUCCUGUCUGUGUGUGUGCCUUUCAGAGCACGCCCUCUAGAGGCCCCCCACGGAGCCAUGGGCCCAGUGACCUUUGACUCGCCCGUGUCUCUCCGCCCCGGUCCGGUCCAGCCCGCCCCAUUUUACCGUGGCCUCUGCAUGAUGUCGCUGCCGUGCUCUUUUUCUUUCUUUCUUUCUCUCUCUCUUUCUCUCUCUCUCUCUCUCUUUCUCUCUCGACCCCCCUUCCCUCAGCCCUCUGGCCAAAACACACCAUUCACUCCGCUCUCAUUCUCCUCAGAAUAUUAAAAAGGGGUUGAUAUGAUGUUUUUUUUCUCCCAUUUUUCCUUUGUCCUCCAUUUAGCACUUUUACCAGACACACAUCCUGACUGCUUGAAUGAGGACUCUAAAUCCAUAAUGCUGCUACAAGCUUGUAACUGCAGUGUAUUUCGAUGGGAGGGGGGGUCCACUUCUGUUCAUCAUCAGGCAGUGUGUAAGGCAGUGAGCCAUUUAAGGGCAAGAAAAAUGGGAACUGUAUGACUACUACCCUGUAAGGACAGCGUAAAAAUGGAGAUAAGAUUGUGGUUGGUUAUUUUCUUUUGUUUGUUUGUUUGUAUGGUUGUUUUUGUUUUGGUUCUUUCUUUUUUUUUGGUUCCCCUCCCCAGUGUGGUCUGUAUUGGUCAACCUGGGGUUUGGCUUGCUCUAAACCAUUUUUGCAGGUAAAAUUGCAUGUUUGAAAUCAGGAAGUUCCAUUUAGACCCACUCACUACGAACAGCGUGUUGAAAACCCUCGUUAAAGAACACUACUGUAAUUGCAUUGCCUUGUUUUUGGUUUGGCUUUGAAUGCAAGCAGCCCGGAAACAGGCCCUUCGGCCCGCAGAGAGCAUGUGUUCUGGCUGUGUUGGACCGGCGAAGGGGGCAUCUGAGAGGCUUGUUUUUUCUUUUUUUUUUUUUUUUUUUCUUUUUUUUUUUGUGGACGCUCUGGAUAAGUGAUUUAAUCUCAUUUGCAGGGUAAUGCCGGACUCCCAUGUCUAUUACUGUGGAAAUCAAAGAAUGUAGCCAGCCCCCAACAUGGACCCUCUCACACACACAUUGCAAAAAUGGACAUCAAAAUACGGAGCCUAUGAGUGGCACGGGACUACAAACAUGGCAGAGCCUCUUGUGACUGAACUUUAAAUAUAAACCCUGGUGUGCGAAGAACUACUGGUGUGAACCUCUGGCUUUUCUAUGCUAUGAAGCACACAUACGUGCUGCAUACUUCGGUGGACUACGGAAUGGCAGGGAUGUGUUGAGCAUGAAUGCACACAUUACGUUAUUUCACUUCACUGGGCUCAGGCUCUGUUGCGUGGACUAUGUUGUGUGAGGGAGAAGGUUGGGGGAAAGGCAAUGUACCAUGGGAACGGACAUAUACCAUGGUUACUCAUUUUGACAGACUUAUUUUGCCCAGUUUCAUAGAUUAUAGUACCAACACUGAGGCAAAAAGUGGACUAUCUGGUUUGCCAUGUUUUUACUUUUCACUCCUCUUUCAUUUCAUUUGGUUUGAUAGUACAUUAUGAAUAUUAUGCACAAUGUGAAUGGAUUUUAUUGCACUGGACAACCAUGAAAGUGACGUGUCUCAUGCCAAAAUCACUACAGAAUUGUUGUUGACAAUGCCAUGCAGAUUAGUAUUCAUACUGGUAAAACAUUUUAAUGUCUAAUAUAAUUCUAUAUUGCCAUUAUUCUAAUCCUUAAUUGACUAUGUUAUGAUUAAUUAUUCUUAUUUUAAAUGUGCAAUUCUUGUCUAAUGUCGUCUUGAUGUUAUAUUAUUUUUAUAUGACAUGUUGGACUUGAGAAGAAUAGCCAUCCUGGAAGAUAAAAAACAAUACUGUUGUAGAAGAUGAGAAAACAGAACGUGUGAACGGCUCCACUCAAUUUUGCUUUCAGGUGAAAAGUCCACCGUCUCUCAUGGGGCUGAAACACAGAUGAUAUGCGGAUAUUUUAACUAUUUUAACUCAAUGUAACUGUAGAUUUUUUUUUGCAACAAUAUUUCUGUACAUAAAUAUUUUCCUCAAUCAUUGUUCAUAUAUGUAAUGUAGUUUAACAAAAAAAAGGAAGAAAAUAAUAACAGAAAAAAAAUGAAAAUAUCACACUGGUUAAUAUUGUACCAAAUUUUCAAGGUCAAAGUGCGAGGUCUCACUGAUGAAUAUAUCAAUUUAAAUAACACUUGUGUGAGCACAGUGGAAUUGCUAACAUAAAAUGUACAUAGGCUUGGGCUUCCAGCAAUCUGAUUUUCUAAGUUUGACCCUUAUUUAUAUCCUGGCAAAGCACAUGGAAUAAAUCAGACUUGUACAACUGUU